UACACCGCGGCGGCGACCAACCCAGCGUGCGCCUUCCUCUCGCUGGCUCCCGGCUCGGAGGAGAGUUCGACCAUGGACGGGCUCCGGGCUAGUGCGGGUUUGCUGAGGCGCGGGCGGCUGAGACGCCGGCGCCAGCCACAGUCACACAGCGGGUCGGUGCUGGUCCUGCCCCUGAGGCCCAGGAAAAUCCGCAGGCAGCUCAGGAGAAGUGCUGCGUCCCGCAUGGCGGCGCUGAGGGCCCAGACGCUGCCCAGCGAAGACUCGGAGGACUCGCGGGUGGAAUCGACCGUGGACGGGUCCCUGUACCAGGCCGGCUGCUCCCUGCGCCUCCUUUGUCCCCAGGCCUUCUCGACCACCGUGUGGCAGUUUUUGGCUGUGCUCCAGGAGCAGUUUGGAAGUAUGGCAGGCUCCAACGUUUACCUCACGCCCCCCAACUCGCAGGGCUUUGCCCCCCACUACGACGACAUCGAGGCGUUUGUGCUGCAGCUGGAAGGUCGGAAACUCUGGCGUGUCUACCGACCCCGGGUCCCGACUGAGGAAUUGGCCCUGACGUCCAGCCCCAACUUCAGCCAGGAAGACCUUGGUGAGCCGGUGCUGCAGACCGUGCUGGAACCUGGAGAUUUGCUCUAUUUUCCUCGGGGCUUCAUUCACCAAGCCGAAUGCCAGGAUGGGGUGCACUCUCUCCACCUCACCUUGUCCACGUACCAGCGCAAUACCUGGGGUGACUUCUUGGAGGCUGUACUGCCUCUGGCGGUGCAGGCUGCCAUGGAGGAAAAUGUGGAGUUUCGUAGGGGACUGCCCCGAGACUUCAUGGAUUACAUGGGGGCCCAGCAUUCGGAUUCUAAGGAUCCUCGAAGAACUGCUUUCAUGGAGAAGGUGCGAGUCUUGGUUGCCCGCUUGGGACACUUUGCUCCUGUCGAUGCUGUGGCUGACCAGCGAGCCAAAGACUUCAUCCACGAUUCUCUGCCUCCCGUGCUAACUGACAGGGAGAGGGCACUAAGUGUUUACGGGCUCCCAAUUCGCUGGGAGGCAGGAGAGCCUGUGAACGUAGGAGCCCAGCUGACAACAGAAACAGAAGUGCACAUGCUUCAGGAUGGGAUAGCCCGGCUGUUGGGCGAGGGAGGCCAUUUGUUUCUCUAUUACACGGUGGAAAACUCCCGUGUUUAUCACCUGGAAGAGCCCAAGUGCUUGGAGAUAUUACCCCAGCAAGCUGAUGCCAUGGAACUCUUACUCCGCUCCUACCCCGAGUUUGUGAGAGUAGGGGACCUGCCCUGUGACAGUGUGGAGGACCAGCUUUCCUUGGCCACCAUGUUAUAUGAUAAGGGGUUGCUGCUCACCAAGAUGCCUCUUACCUGAACUAGUUUCUCGCUGAUUGCUGGAAACAAGGCAGUAGUGAUGACUCUUUCCUACCACCACCACCUUGUUCUGGAGGGGAAAAAACUCACGUUCUUACCUUGAUAACCAUCACUGUGCUCACACUUACCUUUAGGCCUGCUGCAGUGUCAAAAAACUCAGAGGAUGUUUUAGGAACCACCACAUCUAGGCACAGAAAUAAAAGCAGAAGUUGGAGGUGGAAAAAAGCUAUUUCUACCCAAGUAACCUUGAUCCCUGAUCAUUUCAGAAUACGAACUUAAUCAUCCUCCUCAGGCUUCAGUGUACUGUGUAGCACUUGCUGUCGUUCUGCUUGAGACAUUAGAAGUUUUUAUUUGGAAUUGCUUUGCAUCCUUAAUUUGAGUUCUCAUUCAUCAGUUUGGGGGAGGGUUGGGGUUAGUAUCCUGUUUGUUAUUGUGAGUUUGUAUGAAUGUUAAAAGUUAUUAAAGUGCCAAAGCAUGUUUCCCUUUU